AUGCCAAAGAACCACUCCAAGUGCAGCGGUGUCUGCCUCACCCGUGAAGGAUGCAUCAUGCCCGGAGACAUGAUCAAGACGGGAGCUGGUCGUCCACCGGUGUUCCCCAGGUGCAAAGCGCACACUAAGACUGUCUACGAGUGGGCGGAUGGCACCCCUACGGGUACCAGGCAGAAAUACAACGGCGAAGGCCGCCGGGCCAACCGAGCUAGGCCUGGACAUAGCCAGAGCGUUCGGCCUGAGCCUGAGUUUCAGCUUGAGAAUAAGCCUAGGGCUGAGAAAGGGGACGUAAUGUACGAAGACGAUGAGACUGGACUCAGUUGGGAUCAUGCGCCUCAGCAACAAAGCUGGGAACCGUUGGUCGCACCUAAUGCUGGAUUCACGCAGCUUCCCGAGCCCGUCAGACCCGGCAAUUUCUCCGAACUCACCCCAGAACAAAGCCAGUCCUUUGAUCAGUACGGAAUCACCGUGGAGAAAGGAUCUUCCAACCUCCUUGGAUCCAACUCAGAUCAAGGUCACUUCUUCGAAGAACCCGGACACUUUUCUUCCCCGUUGGACACGUCUGGAAGUAGUAAGCCCUUUUCGGAGGGAGCUGCUCCCAUGUUUUUGGGGAAUUCGACUGGAGGUGAUCAGUUCUUUGGGGAAGACGCAACCUCCUUUUCCCUGUCGAGCACGACUGAGAAUAGUCAGAGCGAUGUACUGGAAGCUUCCUGCAUGAGAUGGAAGCACCCACGAGAAGAUGAGGCCGAAGGCAGCCAGAGCGAUAUGCCUCCGCCCAAGAGACCAACGUUCGCGGGCACGUUUCAAGAUAACCAGAACCAUGAGGAACUGCCCUUUCUCGACGGCUCUGUGGUCGCCUUGGAUCCCUGGAUGAUGCGCCAACUUCAGCCCGAGGUCCCUCUUCCUACGCAUAUCAAUCCCCGUGAUCUGCAGCGAAUUCCCUGA